AGAAUUGUUGAAUACUGUUUGCUGCUGUUCUUUGUUUGGCAACAUGUUGGCUGUUGAUGAUGGAUUUGGUUGAUUGUGAUAAGAUUAAUAAUUAGAUGACCAGAUUGAGGUUCUUACUUUAAAUGGUAGAGUAUAGAUGAAAGGGAGUGAAAGGAAUAUUUAAAGAAUGAAAUUAAAAAACCCUGAAUUUUUAGCAAGUUCUUUUAAUAAAAGAUAGGAUGGCUCUAAUGUAUUAAUUUGUGUCUUAACUUUUCUCUUUUAGAAGGUUCAAGUCUCUGAUGUUUCAAGGGGCAGAGCUGUUUCAAGGGGCGGAGCUAUUUCGAGGGGCAGAGGCAGAGCUGUUUCAAGGGGCAGAGCUGUUUCAAGGGGCAGAGCUGUUUCAAGGGGCAGAGCUGUUUCAAGUGCCCCCGCCCCAAAUCCUAUUCCUCCAAAUCCGACUUCUGUUGAUGUUUUGGAGUCAAUUAUUGAGAAGAGAUUAAAUGUAUCUGGUUAUGCUUACAUGGCAGUUAAUGAGUACCUGAAAACGCAUUCGUAAGUAUUAUGGAAAUAAUUAUUUAUAAUCUUAUUGGGAUAACUAUAUUAAUAUUUUUUCAUGCCAUCUACAGGCAGGAUGUGGCAGAGUUUUCUGAAAGGAUACUAUCCUGGCGACCGCUUGGAUUAUAAGGUAUUCCAACAUCAUUAUUGUCAACUUAUUACACUGACCAGAAUGAUAUUUUCUUUUUCUGACCAUGAUUUUCUCCAUUAGAGAUUUACAGCAGCUUACUUUUGGAUCAAAGGAAGAUUCAAGUUGUUUCUAUGAUUGGACUUAUCCGAGAGAGUGUGCCAACUACUUUUUCAGCACUCGCUGAUGGUUGUUCAUCGUGCAGGUUAUUGUUAUAGCAUUGAUUGAUAUUAUGUUGCAGAAUGGUUGAUUUGGCCAAUCCUUUCCUUCUCUAGGCUUGCUUUUCUGGUGUUUGCAUUGAAGACAGUUCACUAUAUUUUUGUGUCUGUUCUUUAGUUGUAGAGGGCUGCUUUGUGAUGAGGUGUCCUUGUGUAAAGAAGUUAAGUUUGUGAAGUGUUGUGAGAGGUAGGGUACUCUUUUUAUGAAUAAAAUUACCCCCUUUUU